CCCAAUUAAUUAAUAAUCUGAAUAAUGAGCCGAGUCAUAACCAUAGCCAUCGAAGCCAAGCCAGCUGAAAUGUAAAACGGUGGGAUUGAAGCCUCGACUCUUCAACAGUUGGAGUUGCAGUGCAGGGAUUGGUGUUUGUUCUUGUUCGUGUUAAUGAGAGAUGGCAUGAAUUACCGUAUAUUACUGGACUCUGCAAAAAGUUGUAUAUUGGCUUCUUCUGUUCCCAGAAGGCAACAAUUCUUGAUAAGGUGUGUGGGAGGCUCCAUUGAUCAUAGACAUAGAGACAUGCAAGCCCUAAGGUCUCUUGAGGUUGACUCUCAGACUGUUAUUCGAGCAAUUACUCCUGCCCUUGAUCCUACCAGACACAAAGGCCAGGCAGGAAAUAUAGCUGUUAUUGGAGGUUGCCGUGAAUACACAGGUGCUCCAUAUUUUGCUGCAAUUUCAGCCUUAAAAAUUGGUGCAGAUCUGUCCCAUGUUUUUUGUACAAAAGAUGCUGCUCCGGUCAUCAAAAGCUACAGUCCUGAGUUGAUUGUGCACCCUGUUUUGGAAGAAUCUUAUAAUGUCGGGGAGGAACACAAGAGUUCCAUAGCAAGCAAGGUUCUUGCUGAAGUUGAUAAGUGGUUGGAGAGAUUUGACUGUCUUGUUGUUGGCCCAGGCCUUGGCAGAGACCCAUUUCUUCUAGACUGUGUGAGUGAAAUCAUGAGACAUGCAAGACGAUCAAAUAUCCCAAUAGUUAUAGACGGGGAUGGACUUUUUCUUGUUACAAAUAAUCUUGAACUUGUUAGCGGCUAUGCCUUAGCUGUUCUAACACCAAAUGUCAAUGAAUAUAAGCGUCUAGUUCAGAAAGUACUAAGUUCUGAAGUAAAUGACAUAGAUGCUCCUCAACAACUGCUAUCUCUUGCCAAACAGAUUGGUGGUGUUACUAUCCUAAGCAAAGGAAAUUCUGAUCUCAUAAGCGAUGGUGACACAGUCAAAUCAGUGAGUGUCUAUGGUUCUCCCAGACGUUGUGGUGGCCAAGGUGAUAUCCUUUCUGGAAGUGUAGCUGUCUUCUUGUCAUGGGCACGUCAACAUAUUUUGGCUGCUGAUUCAAAUUCGAAUCUCAGUUGUAAAAAUCCAAUAGUUUUGGGAUGCAUAGCUGGGUCUGCUAUAUUGAGGAAGGCGGCAUCACUUGCUUUCUCGAAUAAGAAAAGAUCCACAGUCACUGGUGACAUCAUUGAAUGCUUGGGCAGAAGUUUGGAAGACAUUUCUCCUGCAUGUUAAUUCCAUGUGAGCCUUUGGUCUACAGAUACGUACAGUUGGCAACCAAAUCUGCAUAUCCUACGAGAAUCUUUUUUUUUGUUGUUGUUUUCCUUCUUUAUUGAGUUUUCUCCUUUCUUGUGUUCAUUUCUCCCCGUUUGGUCUGCAUAGUCUACUCUGAACAUGUAAAAUCUGUUUGUUGUGCCAUGAUAAACUCUAUUAAAGUAUAAGUGUGCGGAACAGAAUUUUUCCGAAAAUAGCUUCAGUUAAAAUUUUACGUUAAAGGUGCAUAAUGCAUCAAGUUAUUAAAUACCAAUAUAUUGGUAA